AUGAAAGUUAAUGAUACAUAUCAUAUUUAUUUCAAUAAUGUUCCAGUUGAAAAGAUUGCGAAUACAGAUGCUCAACAAUUUGAUUUUUCUGAAAGUAAUGAUGAAUUUAUGAUUACAUUAUCAAGUGUUAACAUUAUCAAUAUUUACUAUUAG